AGCACAUCAUUUUUUAAAGUCGCUGUUGCCCCUGACACAUCCCGCUUCCAUGCCGAUUAAAAAGAAGUCCGCCAGAGGCUCCAGCAAGUCCGCCAAGGAGGAGCUGCCAGUCCCGGAGACGCUGAAGAAUGGACCGUGUGUCACCUACAUUGGCGGGUGGUCGUCCUACGAAACGAUCGAGUCAGUCAGCGCGGUGAGCGCGCAGGUGACGGCCGCCCACACCGAGCCAGACGGUGCCAUCGCCCCUCUCCCCCGUACCAACAUUUUUCUGCUUCCCACCAGCACCGCCGACGCCGCAGCCGCCAUGAGUGUGGAGGAGGCAAAGCAACCCGUCACGGUCGUCGUGGUGGAUCAUAUGAACAUUGAGGGGGUGUCGCGGCAGCAGUGCGGACAAGCGCACGGUGCGACGAAGACGUGGGCUGCGCCCGCAGCGACUUCUUACGACGACGAAGCCUCCGGGGCUGCAGCUGCAGAGCAAGGGGAGACGGUCUCGCCGGUGGAGCCGGUCAACCCUUACGAGGAUGCCCUGCACGACACUCGCUACGUGCAGACCGUCGCGGUCGGGGCAACGUACGCCGCCAGGGAUGUUGUCGUGUCGGGCAGCUGCUCCAUUGAGGGGAUGCCCCCAAAGAUUGUCGUGCCGCCGCAGCUGCCCUCGAAGCCGAACCUGGACGCCGUCACCCUCGACGAGCAGCCGGAGACCGCCGUGAAGGACGCCCGGUCGAAGAAGCCGAGCAGCGCUGCGAAGCGGUCGAAGAAGGGCAAGACGAAGCUGACCCCGGAGCAGGUGGAGGAGCUAGAGCGCAAGAAGGCCGCGAUUGAGGCGGAGUAUCUGCAGCAGACAGAACAGGCGAUGCAACGCGCACAGGAGCAGGCGGAUUACCUAAUGACCUUCGCCCACCCCGAUCGUUGGGCCCGCGUCGUCUUCCGCCACAUCACCUUUGCCGGACCUGUGGUGGUGCGCCGCGCCCACGUCACCUUUCAGAACUGCUGUUUCGCCUCUGCCGCGGUGGACCGCCCGCAACUGGUGGUGAGUCAGUACUGCAGGGUGGAGUGCACCAAGUGCACGUUUGAGGCGCCGCAGCGGUGCGGGUUGUACACCCUCCCUAGCUCGCAGGUCACGGUCCGUAAGUGCCUCUUCACGGGCGCACGGCAGGAGGUGUGGUGGACUGCUGAUAUCCCCGCGUUGGCACUGCAGACAGCAGGCGCUUCUGCCGACCUCAGCAGCGAUGAAGCUGGCGCGGAGGCUGGCCUUGACGACGAUGCCUUGGACCCGGACAGCGCCAACACCACGCACAACAAGAGGGAGGCCGGCGGGCUUUAUGCACCCAUCGUCUUGGCAGGAGACCUCAAAGACGCAGUCCACGGUGCCUGUCAGCAACGAAGUGGCGCCGUGGGGAUCCAGACGGACAGCGCCAAGCUGCAGGCGCUGUCCUGCGGCUUUGUGGCCCUUGGCGUCGGUGUGUAUGUCCGCGGCAACUACUCCGUCUACAUGUCCCACCGGGAAGCUGCAACCAAGUCGGCUCAGCAGCUGUCCGCCGAGGCGUGCGACACGGUGCUCGAUGGAAACGCUUUUCAUCACUUCACGAGCACGGCAGUCUUGUUGGAUAAGUCGGCACGGCUGGUCGGGCUGCGACGCAACUUUGUGGAGGCGUGUGCGUACUACGGGCUGGACUGCCAGAGCGGGUCCAAGUCGGUGCUGGUGCGAAACAACCAUUUCACUACAGAUGCCGUGGUGCGCAUCCGCGAGGGCGCAAAUAUAGCUUUCCUCCACAACGACUUUCAGAGCAUUCCUAUCAACGACAACGUGUAUGAGAAUCCCUGUUUGCAGCCCGUGUACUAA